AUGAAGAUUAGUAUUUUGUCUACAUUAUUGCUUCUUGGGACUUUUGAUAAGGUGAUUUCGAGGAGAGUUGUUGAUUUGGGUUCCUUAGAUCUUUCUGAAGGUGAGGAAGUUAUCGAAAAGAGGGAACCUAAGAGAUUACCUUUGGAUAUUGAAGGAAUAGUACAUGAUUACGACAAGAAUCUGAAGAAAAGAGAGCCUAAAAGAGUUGGUUUAAGCUUUGAAAAAGUGUCAAAUGAUGAUGCAGAGGUAUUUGACAAGUCUAAAGUUAAGAGAGAUAUGAAAAGGCCUCAGUUUGUCAUUGAUAUUUCUGAUGGAAAGACGGAGGAUCGGGUGAAUUUGGAUUCCAGACUUACAGUACUCCAGGAUAUCAGUAUUUUCUCCAGUUAUGGGCGUAACGUCUUAGAUGUUGAGUCUCAGUGGGAAGAUGGUUCGCAAGAAUUAAUCGUUAUUGCACCCACAAAUGCAGCUAUUUCCAGCCUACCAAAGAAGCCAUGGCAAUUCCCAAAAGAUAUUGAUGCUAUGGAGGAGGCUGAUGCGGCUCCAAAGGAUAUUGAGGAUGCCAUCAAUGGAAAUAUUGCCCACUUUGUGAAAUCCCAUAUCAUAUCACGUUCUAAUGACUUUAACUUACAAUCUACCGAGGUAUGGCUCCAUAGUGAGGCAGAUUCAUCUGAGAAAGGGGAUAUCGUCUUGAAAAAGCAAGAUAACGAAUAUUACAUUGCUUCUGCUUCGGAUAUGGACUUCAAACAAGUGAAAACAGUAGAUGUUGCUGCUAAUGGUGUUAUUUUGAUCAUUGAUGCAUGCUUAAUUAAGCCAUGA